CCACCACCCACCCAGUACACUGGGCGAAGGGUUUAUCCACCAUCACAAAUAAAGUUGCUGUCGCUUCUACGCGAACGAAGAUAGUUGGGCAUAGCACACCCUUUCUAUUGUUGCAUAUUUUAAUAGGGAAUUACACAUUUGGACAAACUACCCGGAAACAUUUAAUGCGACACUGGGGAUUAAUGGCUGCAGUCAAUGCACGGAUCCCUUCUCAUUGUUUACAUUUCGAAACGGUAUGUUCCCUGUGUUUUUGAAGCUGUCAUUGAAAACAUCCCAGACACAAGUCUGUAAUGAUCACAAAUUGCGCUUACUUAACGUGAAAAGCAUCUCCUUGAGACAGUUUAACACCGAUUGUCGAAGGACCAGGACUAGCCCUGUGUGCUAACUAUACCAGCUCCAUCUUCACUGCCCGCUGCCCCAGACAUGGCAAGUUAGUCCUUUUCCUACGUUUGACUUUCCUCCUGCUUGGACCUGAAGGACAGCCAAAUGACUUGGGAGGUAUAGCGCUAGGUGAGCCUACAGGCCAGAGAGAAGCUGUAUUUGAGUGAUAUCGCAGGGUGCAUCAUGUUCAGUGUAACCCAAAGCUCCAAGUCCGAGUUCCUGGACAAAGCCAGGCAGGCCAGGGAGGAAAGGAAAGGACAAAAAGAUAAGGAGAGAGCAGCAAUCAACAUCCAAGCCCUGGUCAGAAGAUUUCUCUGUCGCUGCAGACUACAGAAGCAAUUAAGGAAUGAUGUUGAUGAAUUUUUUCAAGCGUCUGAAGCUGGGACAACUAAAAGAAAUGCACUCUCAAUAUUCAAAAUAGCUCGGAAAUUACUAUUCAUAUAUCGUCCAGAAGAUAAGAUGAGGUUUGAAAAGCUCUGCCGUGCAAUCCUUGCCAGCAUGGAGGCUGAAAAUGAACCUAAAGUCUGGUAUGUUUCCUUGGCUCUCUCCAAAGACCUCACCAUUCCCUGGCUCAAACAGAUUAAAGAUGUGCUUUGGACUUGCUGUCAAAGAAUUAAAAGUCUGAAGCCUGACAUACUUCAGGACAAUAAACUGGUAACGCUGUACCUCACCAUGCUGGUGACCUUCACUGACACCUCAACCUGGCGGAUAGUCAGAGGAAAGGGAGAAGCUCUUAGACCUGCUUUGACCAGGAUUUGUGAAAAUAUUAUGGGUCAUCUCAAUCAAAAGGGAUUCUAUUCAGCACUGCAGAUUUUGCUGACCAAUGGAUUGGCUCGUUCUAAACCGUCGCUCUCCAAAGGAACUCUUACAGCUAUAUUUACCUUGUCAUUAAGGCCGGUCCUUGCUGCUCACUUUUCCGAUAACCUGCUAAGAUCAUUCCUCAUUCACAUCAUGUCAGUUCCAGCUGUCAUAACCCACCUCAACAUGCUCACACCAGAGUGUAUGGCGUCCAUUCAGACACAUGACCUGCUGCGGAAGUUCAUUCUGUUUCUCAGCCGGGAAGAACAGUGUUUGGACAUCUGUGUGUGUCUCGAGGGGAGUCACACACUUUGCCUGCUUGGCAACUUAAUUCACCUGGGCUUCCUUAAUGAGAAAGUUCUGGAAGAGGAGGCCAACUAUUUUGUGAAGGACCUGACUGACAUGUUGUCUUACUGCCAGAGAUAUGUGUCCCAGAAGAAGUCAAACCUCACCCACUGGCACCCUGUCCUGGGCUGGUUCUCCCAAACUGUAGACUACGGUCUGAAUGAAUCAAUGCCGCUGGUCACCAAACAGCUUCAGUACCUGUGGGGCGUUUCUGUCAUUCGGACACUUUUCAGUGACGUCCUCUCAAAAAAGCUGGAGAGUCAGGAGCCCACUCCCCCGCCCCCGCAACCUAGCACAUCACAAAACAAUCUACCAGUCAAAAACCUCUUUAAGCGAGCAUUUCAGAAGUCGGCUUCUGUACGGAACAUUCUGAAACCAGUCGGAGGGAAGCGAGUCGACUCUGCUGAAGUUCAGAAGGUUUGCAGCAUCUGUGUGCUCUAUCAGACGGCUCUAUCCACACUCACGCAAAUACGACUCCAGAUUCUCACAGGUCUGACUCACCUUGAUGAACUUCUACCCAAACUUUGGGCCUUCAUCUGUGAGCUGGGUCCUCAGGGGGGGCUCAAACUCUUCAUGGAGUGUCUAAACAACGACACUGAAGAGUCCAAACAGCUCCUGGCCAUGCUCAUGCUUUUCUGUGACUGCUCACGGCACCUCAUCACGAUUCUGGAUGACAUUGAAGUCUACGAGGAACAGACAUCUUUCAAGAUAGAAGAACUCCACACCAUCUCCUCAUUUCUGAACACAUUUGUCUACAAGAUGGUCUGGGAUGGCAUCUUAGAAAAUGCAAAGGGAGAGAAGCUGGAGUUGUUCCACAGUGUUCAUGGCUGGUUGAUGGUGCUUUAUGAGCGGGACUGCAGGCGACGAUUCACCCCUGAUGAGCACUGGCUGCGAAAGGACCUAAAGCCCAGCCUGUUGUUCCAAGAGCUGGAGAAAGGCAAGAGGAGAGCCCAGCUGUUACUGCAGUACAUCCCCCAUGUUAUUCCACACAAAAAUAGGGUGCUGCUGUUUCGGAACAUUGUCACAAAGGAAAAAGAAAGUUUAGGAUUGGUCGAAACGAGCUCUGCUUCACCACAUGUCACACAUAUUACCAUUAGACGCUCCCGGAUGUUAGAGGAUGGAUAUGACCAGCUCCGUCGAUUACCAGCCAACUCUAUAAAAGGUGUGAUUCGGGUGAAGUUUGUCAAUGAUCUUGGAGUAGACGAGGCCGGUAUCGAUCAGGAUGGCGUGUUCAAAGAGUUUUUGGAGGAAAUCAUUAAAAAAGUGUUCAAUCCUGCUCUCAACCUGUUCAAGACGACAAGUGGAAAUGAGAGGCUGUAUCCUUCACCUACAUCAUAUAUCCAUGAGAACCAUUUGCAGCUGUUUGAGUUUGUGGGGAAGAUGCUCGGGAAAGCUGUAUACGAGGGCAUUGUGGUCGACGUCCCUUUCGCCUCCUUCUUUCUCAGUCAAGUCUUGGGUCACCAUCACAGCACUUUCUACAGCUCCAUCGACGAGCUGCCCUCACUGGACUCUGAGUUUUAUAAGAACCUCACUUCCAUCAAGCGCUAUGACGGAGAUGUAGGGGAUCUGGGACUGUCGUUAUCCUAUGAUGAGGACGUUAUGGGGCAGCUUGUCUGUCACGAGUUGAUACCUGGAGGGAAAACUAUGCCAGUCACCAACGAAAACAAGAUCAGUUACAUCCACCUCAUGGCUCACUUCCGGAUGCACACGCAGAUUAAGGAGCAAACGGCGGCUUUCAUUCGGGGCUUCCGCAGCAUCAUAAACCCAGAGUGGCUGCACAUGUUUUCCACACCUGAGGUUCAGCGUCUCGUCUCGGGAGACAAUGCUGAGAUAGAUCUGGAUGACCUCAAAAAACACACGGUGUAUUAUGGAGGAUUUCACAGCAGCCAUCGUGUCAUCAUCUGGCUGUGGGACAUUCUGUCCAGUGACUUUACCGCAGAAGAGAGAGCUAUGUUCCUUAAAUUUGUUACCAGCUGCUCGAGGCCACCUCUUUUAGGUUUUGCCUACCUCAAACCACCUUUCUCCAUCCGAUGUGUGGAAGUUUCAGAUGAUCAGGACACUGGAGACACACUUGGCAGUGUCCUCAGGGGCUUCUUCACAAUCCGCAAGAAGGAGCCCGGUGGUCGACUCCCCACUUCAUCAACGUGCUUCAACCUGCUCAAGCUGCCCAACUACAGCAAGAAGAGCAUCUUACGGGACAAGCUGCGCUACGCCAUCAGUAUGAACACAGGAUUUGAGCUAUCAUAACUCUGUUGCAUCAGGACAAUCUUCACGGCAGGAGGACUGUCUGCAGCAGUCGGAGCCUCGCAAAAUGCUCGUCUUACAGUGACUAGAGCCUGUCGGUCAAAGGGGGCUUCACCGGAACAAAAAGGGGAACCAUGAAGGAUCUUAAACCCCUCUAAACUGGAUGAGCUCCACUCCCUGACACCAAAGGGGAUGCUGUUUUUGCAGCACAAUCCAAUUUUUAACAUCUCCCUUUGCCACUCCCAAAACUCAAUAUGUUGUGUGUAACUCGAUGAAAUACAGACACACAGUGGCUAGAUCUCUGUUUCUCAGGCUUAACAGAAUCGCUCUCGGAUCUAUCACUCCCACUUUAAGCGAACUGGAAAGCAAUACAGAUGCAAUGCAAGCCAUUAGACACGUGGUCAACUCACUCAAGUGAAACCAAGCGAUGCUUUGAUAAUAUACUUACAAGCUUGGACUCCAUUAUCCAGGCAAAUUUCAGCUGAUAUUGGAUGAGUCUUAAAAUGUUUUGCUGAACAUAAUGCAUCUUUUAUAAAUGGAAGACAAAUCAAUGUCUUGUGUUCAACCCCCAUGAAGGAGGAGUGAGUCAUAACACUGAUUCUGUGUUGAUUACAUUACGUCCCAUUUAGGAGGAAAAAUCAACCUGACCUCACUCCAUUUGUCCCCAUUAAAGACACUGCAGCCACCUGAGAGAGACACGGGCCCACCAGUUUUAUGUUCUCAGUACAUUAAAAACAAAUCUUAACAUCUGACGCAUUCGGGUGAGCAGCAGAAUCUCUAGACACGAACAAAAAAAAAAAAUCUGAUCCUGCUGGUUUAAAAAAAAAAAAGAGAUGUCCUUGCUGUAGUGUUUAACUAAACCGGACGUGUUUUGUCAGUAUUUAUAUCUGCCAAGUAUAGCAGACACGACUCUCCAUUCAUCUGUGUGUCACCUCCACUCCAAAAAAUGAAGAGUAAAGUGAAUCAUCAAUGUUAGUCUUUGUAUGUAAUAAUAGUAAAACUAAUGAUUUCUCACUACACCUUUGAAUAACGCUGAGUGCCUCAUAUAAUGCCCCAUCCUCCUCCUCGCUCUUUCAUGUCUGACUCUAUUUCAACUCUAACCAAUAAUCACAUAUUGGAAACAAGCCAUAUAAAUGGGGUUUACUUACCUGGACUUAUUCUGCUCCUACUAACAUAAAUAGUCUGGAAAUUCAACCAACACUACAAAUACAACAAACCAAGGAGGGUUCGACUACGAUGCUCUCUGAUCUCUGUGGACUUUUGAAGCCAUGCGGAAAAAUGAAUCUGAGGUUUAGAAAAAAAAAAACCUCACAACAUGAUGUCAUGGACUGGUUCAUCAACCAAAUGUGACUGUCUUCUUGAUGUGAUUGAAAUGUUGCACACCUGUCUGCAGUUUGGAAAAGGGGACAUGCGGGAAAAUGUUACCUUAAAGGCCUAAACACUUCUUUACACAGGGUUCAGUUCCAUAUUGAAAAUACAAAGAGACUUUACAUUCAUUCAGUAGAAAGAGGAUUGCAGCUUUUAAAGAACGGGUUAAAAGAAUUAGCCAAUCUUUACCACAUUCUUUAUGCAAAAAAACAAACACUUUUCAGUCGUCAAAGGUCAAAUGUAUCUUUAUUGUCCCCACAGAUGAUGAAUGAGUAUUGAUACAUUUAUUAAGUAACUCAAUCCCUUGACCAUACAGUUCCUUAUCGUAAUGUUUAUUGAAAAUAAUAUAAUAGCCACUAACUUGUGUAAAAACAACAGAAAAUUAAUUAAAAGGCAACCAGCACACAUACAUGUAUAAAUAACUUUGGUUGUCUUGAAUUUACCUUCAGUAUACUAAUGAGAUUAAACACAUUUUUAAUCUGAUAAAUCAAGUCAGGAGGAUCUUGCUUUGGCUGGAUUUGCACGACACACGACAGUAAAGUGUGUUUUAGUGCGAGAGGGAUGAAAGAUACCUCACAAGCUUGUAUGUUUUGUCUGAUGAGGGCACUCAUCUGUUUAAAAAUGAUGUCAUGAGUAGGCUUUAGAGGCUUUAAAUGUACCAGUGGACUGCUAAUGAUGCUGAUUUUGGAUUUCCACUCUUUUAGUACAAUAAAUCAUUUAAAAAUG